CUUCCCCUUUGCGCCUCUCAGAACCCUUGCCCCUGGCCACCCCAGGCCCCCUCCUGGCCCAGGCAGACCCAGAGCUGGCUGUUGCUGGGCAGUUGGGGUGGCGGGCAGGGGCCCUUGGUGCCGUCCCCACAGGUGACCCAGCCGCCUGGGCCGUCUCUUCCAAGCCAGCAGGGCAGGGAGAUGGGGCAUCCCCCAGACCCGCACAGCACCCCAGCCCCGGUGAGCGCCACAGCGGGACCCACACUUACUCUGGACAUCGUGGCUGGGAUCCCCUGGCUCCGCUGGGCCCCCAUCGCUGUGGCUGUUGUUGCUGGCAUCCUCAUUGUUUCCUGCCUCCUCUGGGCCGUCUGCUGCUGCCGCCGCUGCCGCCACCGUGGGAAGAAGCCCAGAGACAAGGAGGCUGUAGGCCUGGGGAGUCCCCGAGGCACCACCACCACCCACCUGGUGCAGCCAGAUGUAGAUAACGAGGGGGAGCCCCAGCCUUGGGGGCGUCUGCUGCUCUCCCUGCAGUACGACUUUGGAAGCCAGGAGAUCAGGGUGGGCCUCAAGCAAGCGGCGGACCUGAGGGCUGGGGGCCCGGGCGGCACUGCGGACCCCUACGCCCAUGUCAGCCUCUCCACCCAGGGGCACGCGCACGAGACGAAGGUGCACCGCGGAACACUCUGCCCGGUGUUCCACGAGACCUGCUGCUUCCGCGUCCCGCAGGCGGAGCUGUCGCGGACCAGCCUGCAGGUGCAGCUGCUGGACUUCAAGCGCUUCUCCCGGCACGAGCCGCUGGGCGCGCUCAGCCUGCCGCCGGGCGCCGUCGACCUGCAGCAUGUCCUGGAACUGUGGCACCAGCUGGGCCCGCCGGGCGCCGCCGAGCCUGAGCAGACGGGGGAGCUGUGCUUCUCCCUGCGGUACGUGCCCAGCUCGGGCCGGCUGACCGUGGUCGUGCUGGAGGCCCGAGGUCUGUGCCCGGCGCUGGCAGCCCUGGGACGCCCUCGACCCCUCUCGCCAUACGUGAAGGUCCAGCUCAUGCUGAACCAGAGAAAGUGGAAGAAAAGGAACACCCACGCCAGGAAGGGCACGGCCACCCCCUACUUCAACGAGGCUUUCACCUUCCUUGUGCCCUUCAGCCAGGUCCAGAGCGUGGAUCUGGUGCUGGCCGUCUGGGCCCGGGGCCCGCAGUUCUGGGCCGAGCCCGUGGGCAAGGUGCUGCUGGGCGCCCGGGCCUCUGGUCAGCCCCUGCAGCACUGGGCGGACAUGCUGGCUCACCCGCGGCGGCCCAUUGCCCAGUGGCAUCACCUGCGGCCAGCAAGGGAGGUGGACCGGACCCUGGACCUACAGCCCCGCCUACGUCUGCCCUUGCCUGGCUCCUGAAAGGCCCCCGGGCCUGGUCUCCCCAGCUGAGCUGUGGGCACCCGUCCAGGUCUCCCUGAAGCCCCACUGUAAUAAAGCCUU